UUUCCUUUUUUUUUUUUUUUCUCUCUCUCCUUUCCCCAUCGUUGGUGCUGUUGACUGUUUGCUUGGUCAGCGACGGACUCUCUGGUUGGUAAUGAUUCCCACCAGACUCCGGUACCUGAACACAACUAAGCUAAACUGAAGUGCGCCGUGCUGAGCCUCCCUCCUUAUUAGGACUUGCUAGACCGACUACAGUUCUAAGCUAGAACUAGUCCAGCAUCCUUCCACCACCCGUUCUCCGCAUCUGCCCAGCUUCGGCUAUCAAGGUUAUUUCCAUAGCAUUCACACCUCCAUCCCAUCCCUCGUUCAUCGAUUGCCAGGGGCCGCGCCAUACCACACUUUCUCCCUCCCUCCCUCCAUCUCCAUGACGGCUAGUGUACACCGACCACGAAAUCGCAACGACAACAUCCACAGCUUUCCACCAUCAACAGCCAACUGAACUGACGGACGUCAAUACCCCGUGAACAAGCCGAGACACGUCCGCGUACGACGGACGCCCAUCGCGCCCGCCCCCUGCUGAUCACCCGUUACCGGCCUUUGUUUUUGACCAUCAGAAGAAACGUUUCCACCGCCUCCUCCAACAGCCUGCCGCCGCCAUGCCUCCCGCCGCGGAUCUCUACGGCGGCGUUUCUGCCUACCGAUCAGGCUCAGGCGACGGCAUGCGCGAUAGAAACUACAAUAACAACAACAACAACAAUAACAGCGACAAUAGUGAUAACAACAACAACAACAACGACCUGCCGCCCUUCUUCCCCCUCCAAAACCAAAACCAGGUCCAGCCGCAACAACGCCCCAAAUCCUCCUACCUUCGUCAGCUUAUGAGCCACAAGAGAAGCAAUACCGUCGGAGCUGGCCAGGUCCAACUGCCCCCUGCUGUCUUCUCGACCGAUUUCCAAAAGUCUUCUGACAGUGACCGCGACCAUGUCAUGUCGUCCUCGGCUGCUUCCCUUGUCGACCCUGACUCUCCUGAACUGCUGCGCCCUCCCAACAAGAUCCACCCCGACCUGGUGGCCCAGAGACACAGUUGCGACAUGAAUCUGACUGGAUACCAGAGACAUCAAUUCGCCGCCGCCCUCUGUGAGCUUCGGCCCAACCAAUUGGACGACCAGCCACCACGAUCCCCCGAAAAGAAGUCGAACCCCUUUGCGACCAUCUCGCUUAAGUCGCCCUUCGGACUCAGAGAUUCCAGCAAAGCCUCCAAGAACAAGGGAGACCAAUCACCCACCAAGCCCAAAAAGGUCAAAUCGGCCGCCAAUAUCGGUCAGCUUCUGAGGCCAAAGUCUGACAAGAAUCUGAGGCAGCAGGAACAGGAGGAAGAAGAGAACAGUCGCCGUCGCAACAAAGACAAGGAGAACCGCGCGCCAAGUGCCAUUGAUACCAGCCCACCACCACCCAUUUAUGCCCAGUUUGCCAGGGGUUCGCCCUUUGCGCUGCCUCCAGAACUGAACUCGUCGACCAAACCAGUGCCUUCGCCGUUGGACUACAGAAAUCCCUUCUGGGAUAGUGGCAAACCGUUACCGGCUGACCCAGAACGUCCCGGAACAGGCGGGACACGGUCGUCCAUAGCUGAGAGCCAACAUCUGAAGUCCGAAGCGGAAAACCGCGAGCGAGAUCGAAACAACAGCCGCUCCAAAUCACGACCAAAGACGUUUCACCAGUACUUUGCGAGCAACAGUCAGCAGGACGAGAAGCGUACACCGUCAGACUCGAGCACCGACACUCGCUACAAGCAACCGCAAUCUGACAACCAGAACCAGUCAUCACCACAGGAAAAACAAGAACGAAGUUGGAAGAGGCAAACGUGGGCCACCGCCAAGACAUCAGAUUUGGCAGCAGGCGGAAGUUCAGGAUCAGACAGGUCAAGCCAACGACUCAACGUUAAGAGCAUGUUUUCCAGUUCUGGUAACGGUGGAGGAAGUAGUAGCUCAGCAGGAGGAGAGCGUUCCAAAUCAGGAGCAACAGCAGCAGCAACAGCAGCAGCAGCAGCAGCAACACAAUCUACCAGUAUGGAACGGCAACAAAGUGCCCCACCUCUGCUUCAACAGCACAUUGACCCCAAGGAUAUCGACAAGCACCUCGAGGCCAUGUUGGACCGGCGCAACAUUCCCGAAAACCAGCGGUACAAGAUGCGCAACCUCAACGACACCAUCAAGUUGGAAUUCAUCCGGCAGGACUGGGCAGAAAUGCAGGCCAAGAUGGUGAACCAGAACGCGAGCAAUACGUCUCUUGAGAAGGGAGGAAACGCAGGCAGUGUCAAUGGUGGUGCCGGGUCAGAACGGGAAGAUCAACAGCAACAGCAGCAGUCAUCCUCUAGUUCAAGACGGGAGGACGGUAACGGCAAGGAUAAGGAUAACGAGAGAACGGGCAGGACGAAGAAGAAAGGAUUCGGCCUAUCGCUUGGUAAGGGAGCCGCCAGCAAGGCCCAGUCGUCACCCACCAAGAGUAUCGGUCGGCACUUCAGGUCCAAGUCCAACGACAGCAGCAUGAAUGAGCGACCGUCGUUUGGUGAUGUGAACGGUAAUUCUGGUGGGAACGGCGUGGGCGGGUUCUUGGGUAUGAAAGGUGGAAAGAGUCAGCAGGUGCCGGCGGACUUUGUUGCUUACCUGCAAAAGGUGCACAAGCCAGAGCUGGUGGAGGUUGGUAAACUUCACAAGCUUCGGCUGUUGCUGAGGAAUGAGACCGUUGCUUGGACCGAGGAGUUUAUCAAGCAAGGGGGGAUGAAGGAGAUUGUGGAUUUGUUGCAUCGGAUUAUGGCUGUUGAGUGGCGGGAGGAACACGAAGACGCCCUUCUGCACGAAAACCUUUUGUGCCUAAAGGCCCUCUGCACCACCGCCCUGGCACUGCAAUACCUGCACACCAUCCACGCCACCCUGUUCCCUGCCCUGUUGCAUCUGAUCUUCGACCCCGAGAAGAAGGGGCCGAGCGAGUUCACAACACGCAACAUCAUCACCUCGAUUUUGCUGACCUACAUCGAAUGCGCCACGCCGCAAGAGCGCAUAACCCGCGCCCAGACAAUUUUACAGUUCUUGCGAGACCCCGAGACGGAAGAGGAAAAGAAGCCAGUCAACUUUAUCCUUGAGAUGAGGCGCGAGCGGCCAUAUCGUGUAUGGUGCAAGGAAGCCGUGAGCGUGACCAAGGAAGUCUUCUGGAUAUUCUUGCACAAUAUGAACAUUGUUUCCUUGCCCCCAGCGGACUCAUCAUUAAGUGGCAGUUCCGGCGCCGGCGGAGGGUCGAGUGGCAUCAAUGGCGAGCAAAAAGAUACCCAGCAACAACAACAACAACUAUACCAAGCAGGCAUUAUCGAUCCCUCAGCCCUAACACGAAAUGACACGGAGUCAGGAGGCGAAGACUCAGAAACCGCAACCCCCGCCCAGUUGGCCUACAUGUCCCGACACUUCCCGCAAGAACGACCGCCCGUGCCCGCGGCCCCUUACGUCGGUGGCGUCGAAUGGGACGCGACCAAUUACCUCGCCAGCCACCUGGACCUGAUGAACGCCAUCAUUGCAUGCACGGGUCCUACAGCCACCGAGCGUAACGCGUUGCGCGCCCAGCUGCGCAUCUCGGGCUGGGAGCGCUGUCUGGGCGGCAGCCUGCGGAUGUGCAAGGAGAAGUUCUACGGGUCCGUUCACGACGGGCUGCGGACCUGGGUUGCGGCCGCGGCGGAAGACGGCUGGGACGUGCGUGAUGUGCGGUUUGGCCCGCCGCCGGAGGGCAGGGGCUACAGCCCGAUGAAGAAGACGCCCGGGAAGAAACCAAGGGAGGAGGCGCCGCCCAAAAUCGAAAUCCCGAAAUUGGAUUUCCAUAUUGGGGGUGCUGAUUCUCCUGGUAUUGGCGUUAGUCCGGGUGGCCUGGGCGUGGGUAUGGUUGCCGCUUCGGUUGCGAAUAUCAACGGCAAUGGCGGCGGUGGCGGGAGAUCGCCGAUGCCGGUGUCGCCUGCGGUGCGGGCGCCGGAUUAUUGGUUGUCGUGAUUGAGGCUGCUUCUGCGGCGUGGUGUUGGCGCUGGCCGUUGCGUUGUCCGAGAUGUCCCGCAGAAGAAGACUAUAUACGGCUCCAACGUAGCGACUCCGACGGCGGCACAUGGAGGCUCAUUUCGUUCGGCGAAAGUGUAACUGCGACUGCGACACUCUGAUCGACUAUGAUCAGGUAAUGCAAAACGAAGCUGUGCAGCCUGUCUCCCUAUACCAGCCAAAAUGGACCACAGCCAACGAGAGCCUCAUACCCACACCAUUUUCUGCAACGGCCACACCACACAUGAUACCCGCUUGUACAAACCAAACUAUUGUAUAGUUACGUGUAUAAGGGAGUCCGCUCUUGCAACCGAUCUUGCUGAUCAUUGACAGCUAUUUGUGGGUAUCAUCACCAGAUUCUGUAUCAGUCAAUCACUCGAUCAGGAAGAGUUGAGUAGUAGUUGUUGUUUGUCUUGAGUAUUGUUGACAUGAAGACGAAGGAAGAAAACGUUGCGAGAUCAGGAGAUCAGGCGAGCAAAUAACCGGCCUGGACUGGGCAGGACGGAAACCCAAUACCAAAUAGACUGCGGCAAGAUACGCAGGACAGCAGCAACACAACAGAGAGAGAGACAGAAAAACCUGGCAGCCAGCCGGGCCCCCAAUCGACACAAACAUCUUCAGCGGUCAGUUUCGGGGUUUCUGCGAGCCCAUUCAAUGGGCCGUUUCCUAUCCGACCGGUGUGCCACGGCCGCCUAAAAUCAGUGGGCUCGUCCACCCGGGCCGAAAGGUUAAACUGAAAAGAUGUGGAACCCUCAACCUCAGUUGCAUGACUGGUUUGGGUUGGUUCAAUUGAAGUGUUCUGCACACAGAAGGGAGGCGGCAGUACAAGAGCACACGGGAUAGGGGAAAGACAUGGCGUCGUGUAUCGCACUCGUAGGAACGACAGAAACAAACAUAUCCUUCCACCUUCUUCUCGUCAAGUCUCACGUACUCCUGGCUCAAUCCAACUGAAGGCAUCUCAAACAAUGAAGACUCGACAAAAGAAUAGGUGACGACGGCCGCGGACACGUGGGACGAAAUGGGUAUUCUGAACUGGCGGGCACCACACUGAUUGGCACUGACACGAGUCGGUUUUCCUCGCCCUUUCUCACUUGGUGUCUGGCCUCUCCUCUUCUUUCUUCGCACCCCAGUUAUCGCAUGGUCGUGACAGGUCAAUGAACUGGGCUGAGUGGUUUUGUUGAUUGGUAUCAGCCAAGACUGACAAUCGGGAAGAUGAAUGAGCAAGGUGAGGAGAGAAACAAAAAGAGGGAACCCCAUAUUCUUUACGAAGGAUCGAGACUCGUCAGAACCUAGUCUCGACAAGGGGAGAGAAGAAGAAAAAAGCAAUCGGGCAACUAUCAGAAAUUCCCCUAUGAAAUCUCUCGUUAGUUCGCGCCGUUAUGAAAACUAUUUGUUGGUGGUCCAAGUCUUUGUCUCUUCUCCCUCUGCCGAGAACAUGGCCAUCCAGCACUUUACUAUUCAGUGUGCUCUCAUUCUACUUGUGCUCCUUCUGAUCCAGCUUCAGCUCCGGCUUCCCUUUCCCACCCAGACCCGGCAGGGUUUGAUUAUAGCCUUUAUUUCAUUUCAUAUCACCCGUUGGUGCCCAACGUGCAAGGGGCAAGGAAAAUGAAUAACAUUGGCUUGGUCUUGGCGAGAUACCAACUCCCUACUCCCUUACUCCCGCGGGUGGACAGUGGACACUAGUCCCUGGAUGAAAUUCAAACGUUGUGUUGAGGGGUGAUGGUCGCUUAAUCAACGGUCGAUAUUUCGUUGGCUCGUUCCUGCUUAUCAUGUUAUGUCAAUAUUCUUUCCCGCGUGGUUCGGGUAUAGACGGACAGGCAGACAGACAGACAGACAGGGUGCUAGGUCCGUUCCUGAAGAGAUGUUAUUCUCUAAUGGUUCGGGAAACGGAGUCACCCAUCCAUCCAUGGCGGCUUCAUUGUCCGUUCAUCAAACCCU